AUGCAUACAAACAAUCCAUUUCUCGACGCAAUAUGCAAUGCUGAGAGUGUAUUUGGAGGCCUUUCUGGUGGCUGGUGGGUUCUUGAUGCCAAAGGAAGCAUAAGCCCAUACACAUCACAGCCAAUUAAUAAAAGUUCAUGCAUUGUCAAGGCAAGCAGCCAAGGAUUGCUGAUAUUCAAAGGUGGGCAUGAAUUUAUGCAUGAGGCGAUGUCAGGGUUUGUUGAGCCAGCAAUAUUGUCGAUCCUCAGGGCAGAGAUGCCGUUUGUUGUGCACAAGGAGGCACAUGGAUUGCUGAGGCAGCUGUCAAGUAUGCUUACAAGAGAAUCUGAAUCACAGGAUAAACAUGGAGCUGGCACUGCAACAAGCAUCCGAGAAAUAGAGCAGAUAUAUGAGAAGUACUCAUGUAUUGCAGACAGUGGAAUUGAAAUUGAGUUUGUGCUUUCAGAAGAUGAGCUGAGUACAGUGUGCAAAGUGUGUAAGGUAUGGGUAGCUGAGAUAAAGAAACUGUAUGAAUCUGUCAACACAAGAAAGAAGCAAACAUUUGCAGAAGAAAAGAUGUUUUGGCGAGAGUUUUACAUGCAAAUGUGCUAUGCAUUUGAGGUUUUCAGAAGCAAGAUGUUUGUUUUCAUGUGUGAUGUGCUUAGAAGCAGCAAGAAACUUGUGACCUUGACGACUCUACACAGUUUAUCAUCAUCGAACAGAUACUUAGAUGUUGGACAAAAGCUUAAUGAGUUCUAUCACAAGAUGGACUUUGACAGGAUAUACUCAGCAAAGAGCCUGGUUGAAUUUAUGAAUGCAUUUGCGAAUGUGUUUAUAGAAAUUACAGGCUCUAUUCAAAACCAGUCACGGAUUGUUAGGAGAUCUGUUUUCACACACAUGAAUGGAUUGAUUGCACUUGUGGCGGAUAGAGUACUUGAAUGCGAAUCUUUUGAGAUGAUAAAGUGCUGUGAAGAGAUGUUUUCUAAGUGUAUAAGCAAUAUGAAGUUACUAGAUGAGCAUAUUGAAGAUGAUGCCACAGAGACACAAUCAUUAGAAUGCAUGCACAUUGAUGAUGGUAAUUGGAUGUGUGCAUUUCAACAAAUACAUAUGGAUUUUAUUGAAGCAAGAGAUGCACUUGCAUAUCUUUGGAUAUUCAAAAGUAUCGGAAAGAUGAUUUUUGGAGUGCAUCCAUCAUUGAAUGAUCCAGAUGGAUUAGAGAUGCACAAUCACCACAUCAAUCAAAAUGAAGAGUUUAAACGAAUGGAAACCGAGUUCUACAGGCUAACUAGUGAAAUGACACUUCUAUUCGGAAUAUCUCAAGAUAGGAUUGAGUUUGUGGAUGUUUGUAGAGAGACAUUUAAGAACAGAAAGUUUACAAGAAUAGAUCUUCGGGAUUAUGAAAGGCUUGUAUCCGAUUCUUUUAAUUUCAUUUGUGAUCAAGACCUUUACUUCGAUAUUAAUGCAUUUUACACCUGUUUUCCUUGGACAAAUGGCAAAAUGAAUGAUAUACCAAUAAGUACGAUGAUGGAGAAUGCAUCAGGGUUUUCAAGAUUAUACAAAGUUAUGAUGUUUUUCAAGCCUUUGGUAUGCUGCAGUGUUUUUUCAGAAAGGACAUUCGAGAAGCGCCUGAGGAUGAUCAAUCAUUUCAGGUUUCUAUUUGAAAUUGAUGUGAUACCUGUGCAUGGAGAGUUUUCGAGGCGAAUUGUAUAUCUUUUUAGACUUUUUGGAAUGUAUGAAGAGGCGUGGGCAAUCUUCAAAGCGUUUUUUGGAGAUGAAGAACAAAGUAUUGCACAAUUAUCUGAGUAUGCAAAGAGAAAGAAGGCAUUGGAGAUGUCGAUUGCACACGAAAUAAGACAGUGGCUAAUGAAACAUCCGGAAUCCUACGGAAUUGAGCGCAACAUUCUAGAUGUAGUAAAUAGUCCGGAAGGUCAAUGGAGGAUUGAAGUAAGGCUUGAUAUGCAUGUUGUAAGGCUGAUUAAUGAGUACAUGGUUUUGAUGUCUAUGGACAGAAUAGAUGUUGUUGGACUAUAUAUGGCAAAAUCAAUUAUUGAGAAUAUGGAUGUAUUAGUAAGGAUAAAACCUGUGUAUGAAAGAUUGAGCAGUGGAUGCGAUGUAUUCCAUGAUAUAUUGGAAUGUAUAACAGAUGAUAUGGAUAUUUUCUGUAAUGAGAUUGACGCAGUAUUUGAGUCAUUGAGUAAGAUAACGAAUAUUGAAUGGAAGAGCGUGGCCUGUAGAGAUUUGGAUGAGUUUGAAGCUAAGAUGUUGAUUCUUGAGCAAAAGGUGUAUGCAUAUAAGUUUUUUGUGAAGAAGAUAUGUAGAGGAGGAAUGAAGCGGGUGUUUUCGAUGCAUCUUGAUUCUGGUGAUAUGUUUUCUACUGAUUGCACAGCAUAUCUGCGAUUUUUUGAGUUUUAUGAUAAGGAUAUUGUUAUGCGUACCAUAGAAAGAAGCAUGAAGAAUGUAUUUAUUCAAUAUCUUGAGAAUGUGAUUGAAUGCUUGCAUAAAGUAGAUGUGAGACUCUUUAUAUCUAAGCAUAAAUUUAUGAAGAUCAAGAAUAAUGGUGGUUUAGAAUGCAGUGAAAGUGCUGAAGAAACCUGGACUGUGAUUGAUGGAUAUACACUGAGUCCUGGCAUUGAUGAGUACUUCAAGAUUUUAGAAAGGAUAUUUCCGAGUGAAGAGCAGUACUUUUUUAGCAAGGUUUUUGAGAAGAUCAGCGCUGGAGAUGAAGUUUGUGUGCUUAUAGAAAAGAUUAUUGAGAAGGUUGUUGAGGGAUAUGAAAGAUGUGUUGCUGUAUUGAAUAAGUGUGUUAUUGAGGAGCUUCCCUCUGAUCUUGUAACAAGAUUCAAUGUGAUUGCAGAAAUGAAUGAAUGUGCUAAGAAGUUAAUGAAUAACACGAUUCCGUUUUUUGUUUUUGAGUCUGUUGACGUGACAAAAUAUCUGUUGAUGUUUGAGACGGUGUGCAACGAAGUAAGCAGGUAUGUGGAUGUAAUGAAUGGAGUUGUGUGUGAGAAUCUGGAGUAUGACGGAUGUAUCAGAGAAGAAGAUGCAAACAACAUUGAUGUAUUAUUGCUAUCGGUGUGUAAUGCAUUGUGUGUGAAAGAGUACAUUGAGUCUGAGGAUUUCAAAUGCAUUGAGAGAUUGAAUAAUAUUGUGUGUGAAUAUGAAUUGGAAAAGCCCAGAAUUGGCCGAGAAGAAAUAGAAAGGAGAAAAUACAAUGCGGUAAUGAAUAGCGAAAUGAUGAUUGAGCGGUUUGUGAGCAAUGUUCCGCUUGAUUCGAUACUUACAAAGCGAUUGAUGUUACAGAAUGAGAUGAACUUGGUGUGUAAAGAGUUUGAAGUACUAAUGAUGGAAAGAGACUUGGAUGUGUUUGAUCGAAUGCUUGUGUGCAUUGAAGAUAGGAAUCUCAUAUUAAGGGCUGAGAUUACGAAUAUGAACAAGGUUCUAAGAAUUAUGAGUGCAGUAAUGAUUUAUAACGAUGUUGAUCAAUGGAUGAAAGAUAUAAAAAGCAAACGAAAGGAUUUUGAGAGGUAUUCUAAUAUUAUUAGGAGGUAUGAACAUCAACUUAUUGAUGAGAUUGAUGUACUUGAAUUUAACACAUUUUUAGAAUCAUUUGUACGUAUUACUGAGGAUGAUCUGAGUAAUGGAGAAGCAAAUACAAAUGUUAAUAGAAAUAGAUGUUGUAAAUGGUAUGAAGCAUUUAUUGAGAAGAUAAACAUAUACAGAGAUGCUUUAGAGUAUUUUGAUGAUAUCCUAAGUGAUGGAAUGAAGAAGUAUGAAUAUGGCAAAAUGUGCUUGGGAGAGUUUGUUAGACAAUUCAAUAGGAAUGAAAUUGAAGAGAAGAUACAUGAGUGCAAGAUGGAGGGUGAAGUUAGAAGGUAUUUGAAUAACGCAUUACAGCGUUUUGGAGAAGUUUAUUUAGAAAUUUCAGAUGUGCAUGAAUUACCAAGAAUAAUGCUUCUUGAUGAAGUAGAAAGUAAGCUCUAUGGGAUGUUAGCGGAACAUGAGUCUGUAAUGAGAUUCAAUACCCGAGGAGUUUUACAGGAUGAGGUUGAUGUGCUUAAUGAAAGCCUGAAUGGAUGUAUUGAAACGAUUUGUUGUGUUAGACAGGUAUAUGAAGGGCUGCAGGGAUUGUUGAAUGUGUUUACAAGCAAAGAGCUAAUGCUUGAGGCAGAGCGAUACAAAAGAAUCAAAGAAAGGUUUUUUUAUGGAUUACAGAAUGAUGGAUACAAUAUCCAAAUGGCAUUCCAAUCAAAGAAGAUAAAUGAUUCAGAUGAAAGAGAAAAGUGCAUUGUUGCAAUCAAAAGUUUAAUUCCUUUGCAAAAGGAGUUUGUAAAGAUGAAAGAAGACAUUGAUGAACUUAAGAAGGGAUUAUGCAAGUUUCUGGAUAUGCGCAGGCAGAAUGCACCAAGACUAUAUUUUGUUUCUGACGAGAACCUGAUCCGUGCAUUGAAUGACAGGCUGUAUUAUGGUGAGAUACUCAGAUUGACGUUCAAUGUAGACAUGAUGCAUCAGGAAGGGAAAAUGAUAACUGGAUUUGUAAGUGGAGGAGAAGAAAUUGAGUUAACUGAUGAGGUAAGUACUGAGAAGGAUAUAGAUGAGUUUGUGAUGAAUUUUGAAAAUGAAAUACAAAAGAAGAUGAGGAAGAGUUUUGAUUAUUGCAUGUAUAAUCAAGAUUUAGAUGGCAUUGAGACAAAGGUUCCAGCGAUUGUAUCUGAAUUAGUUGAUGAACUCAGAUACUUUGAAGGAAAUAAUCAUGGAAGAAGCACACCGAAAAUCAUGCUGCUUGAUAAUGAGAUGAAAAACAAUGCAGGUGCAUUAAGAAUGUAUCCGAAGCCUAUUAUAUUUGAAGGAGAAGUGUAUGUGGAGGCAUUUAGCAGAAGGAAGUAUGGAUUUGAGUAUUACCCACCGACAGACAUUGUGUUUACACCGUUAGUUUGUAGGAUUCUAUGCACGAUUGAAGUCACGUUGAGAAAGUUGUCAGGGCUAAUCUUGUAUGGACGGAGUGGAACAGGAAAGACAGAGUCUGUGAAGUAUUAUUGCAGAACAAUAGGUGUGCCUGUGUUUGUGUUCUGCUGCAAUGCCGAAUGCAGCUUCAAGACAUUGGAGAGGGUUAUUAGAGGAGCAUGCCUUGUAGGGAUGUACGUGUGUUUUGAUGAGUUUAACCGACUGAGUGCACAGAUAAUGAGCGGAGUUACUGAGUUGAUUCUCGGAAGUAAGGAGAAGACCAAGUUUUUCUUGACAAUGAAUACAGGAUAUAAGGGACGAUACGAAUUGCCAAGGAGUCUGAGGGUGAUUUUUGGAGAGACGAGGGUUGAUGUACCUGACAGAAAGGAGGUGAUUGAAUAUUAUUGUGGGCAUGAGUCUACUAGGGUUUAUGAAUUGAUAUGUAGAUUGGAGUACAAUGUAAGUAAGAAAGCGCAUUAUGAUUUUGGACUGAGGGCGAUACGAACUAUUAUAAGAGGAGUUGAGACAAAUAUUGCAGAAUGGAUGGCACGAUUUUAUAUGUCUUCGUUUGAUAGUGCAGAUAGGAAGAUGUUUUUGAGAGAGUUCAAGAGCGUUUUUGAUAAGGACUUUGAUAGAAACCUGAAGUAUGAAGAUCUGUUAGUACAUGGAUUGAGCUGCAUGAGAGCAGCACUUGUUUUUGGAGCAAAUGGAGUGGGUAAAAGUAUGAUGAUCAAGAAAGCAAGUAAGAUGAGGAAUUCAAGGUGUUUCUACUACAAUCCAAAAAACAUGUUAUCUGUAUUUGGAGGAUAUAACGAUACCACUGGGGAAUGGCAAGAUGGAAUUUUUUUGCAAGAUCUAAGGCGAUGUCUUUGUAUUUGUUCUGGAGAUGAAUGUUGGUUUGUAUUUGAUGGCCCAAUUGAGUCUUUAUGGAUGGAGGACUUUAAUUCUGUUCUUGACAUGAGCAAGGUGUUAUGCCUAAGCUCUGGGGAAAGAAUAAGGAUUCCAGAGAAUUUUAGGUUUAUAUUUGAGAGUGUUUGUAUUGAGGAAGUGACGCCAGCAACGCUUACAAGAGUUUUUAUUGUAUAUGUUGAAAGGAAUUGCGAUGUGAUAGAAAAUGUAAUGGAUAUGAAUGAACAGCAUGCUAUGAGUGGAAGGUGUAUAAGGUAUGAUGGAAGAGAUGUUGAGAAGUAUGAGUUUGUAAAUCUGGUUGGAACGAGGGAGUUGAUUUUUUAUGCAAGAUGUAUUUUAGAUCUUGCAAGAGAUGAAAGAGUGUUUUUUAUUCAAGGUAAGGAAGGAGUGGGAAAACAAGCAUUGGUUCGAGAGAUAUUUGGAGAAAGAAGUGUACAUGUAUGCGCAUGUGAUCUUACAGUUGAGAAGUUGAUGCAGAUGGUUGAUGGAGAGAGAAAGAGACGUGCUAAUGGUGAGGAAGAACAUGAAUGGAGGGUUGUGAUGUAUAUUUAUGGAAUGGAGAAGAAGAGUGUGAAUGCAACUGAGAUAGUCAGAGAGUAUAAUGAGUAUGGAAGGAUAGGAGGUUUAAAGAUAGUUGGGUUGGUAAUUAUAUGUGGAUUUAGUACUUAUGAUGGAGAUAUGCAGGAAAGUGUGAACAGGGUUUUAAACAAAGUUAUAUGUGUAGUGAUGGAAGAGCCAAAGGAGAUAGCCAGUGUGUUUAGAAAUAUAUUGCAUAAUGCAUUGAGAUGCACGAAGCAUUUGAAUGAAUUUGAGAAGAUUAUGGAGAUAGUUAUGUUUGUUUAUAAAAAGAUGAAUGUGUCGAUUAAGAAGAUGGUGAAGUUUAUUAGGAUGCUUGGCGAAGUUUUGAAGGAUGCUUGGCAGAUUGUAGAUUUGAUUUACUUUGAGGCAGGAAUGCAUUUUAGAAGAGUAGAUGAACUGAGAGAGAAGAUACAUGAAAUAUUUGGAAGUGUACCUGAAGAGAUUGGAUUUGAUAUAGAAAGCAAGAAGUUUGGAACAUAUUUUAGAUUGAAGGAGAUAUCUAUGGUUGGAUCUGUUUUGUAUAGGGGAUGCAAUCUGGUGGUUGAAGGACCAAAGAUGAGUGGAAAACAUUGGUUAGUUGAGGAAUGUAUUAAGAAGUUGGAUGUGAGUGUGAAGAUGAUAGAAUGGAUGGAUGAGAAGGUGAUUGAUGGACAAACUGUGAUUUUUGUUGAGGAUAGCAAGUUGUUGGAUAAGCAAGUUGUAGAUGAAAGCUUUGUAUUGAAAUUGCAGAGGUUAUUGAGGUAUUCGAUAGAUUUAGAGAAACUUUUUUUAAUGAUUGGAGAUGGACAAAGAAAUGAUUGCAUAGAGCAAAUUAAGAGUUCGUUUGUAGAUAAGAAUGGAGUUGACAUUGAUUUAUUUUUCGGGGAGAAUGGAUUUGAGCAGGUAUCUGAGGCACCUGAGAUUGAUGAUAUUGUAGUACGACAUCCUGAUGAGUGUAAGCAUUGUAGUGUAGUGAGCACGAAAUCUUAUUGUAAAGCGAUUGACUUUGGAAUGUGUUUUAUAAGGAUUGCAGAAGAAUUCAGGUGCCAAGAGGUAAAGAGAAGAAAGUUUUUGAAUGAUGGAAUAGUGAAAAUUGAGGAGUUUGAAAGAGAAGUGAUAUUGUUGAGAAAAGAGUCUGCAGUAAAGAAAGAAGGAUUAGAGGAUUUGAAAAAAAUAAUCGAUGUGAAGCUUGAGAAGAUAGCAGAGGAGCAGUUAAAGAUGGAGGAAGAAAGGGGAAGUAUUGAAUUCAAAAAGAAAGAGAUUGAUGAGUUUCUUGCGCUUAAUGUUGGAAGACGAAGAAUGGUUGAUGAGAAGAUUGGAUAUGCUAGAGAAUCGCUUGAGGAGUCUAACAAGGGGAUUCGAGAGAUAUCUAAAGGAAGCCUGUCUGAGAUCAAAGCGAUGAACAAUCCACCGGAGAUAAUCAAGAAUACGGUGGAGGCAGUUUUUUUACUGAUUGAAGGACAGAGUAGGAUAGAGAGGCGUAUUGAAUGGAAGAGGCUUGUGCAGUACAUGAAAGGAGAGGAUUUUGUAGCGAAAGUUAUGACCUGUGGCGACGUUUGUGUUUGCAUUAUGCUGGAGAAACUGAUUGAAGAUCCUGGAUUUACAUAUGAAAGGGCCAUGAAGGCAAGUAAGGCUUGUGCACUUUUAUUUUCAUGGAUUGUGGCAAAGCAUCGACAUGCAAAGAUUCUGCAGGAGAUAAAGCCAUUGGAAGAUGAGAUAAGCGAAAUAGAAUGCAAGAUUAGGAGUACUCAGGAGCAGCUGAAUACUGAAGAGAAGCGGCUGCAAGCUGUUGAAGAAAUGAUUGAUGGGAUGAAGAGAGAAUACAUGGAACUUGAGUGUAAACUUGAUGAUAUAAAAACCGAGGUUGAAAUGAUUGAUAUGAAAGCAGUGCAGAUUGAUUGGGUUGUACAAUCAUUGAGUGAUGAGAUUGAGAAGUGGAGGAGGAAUAAGAAUGAAUGCCCGAUAGUAUAUAUGCUAAGUAGUAAUGAAUGGAUGCUUAGCCAUUCCAGAAAUGUGUUUGUGCGAGAUUGUGAUAUUGCAAGGGUGAUUGAGGGACGAAGGCAUGUUUGCACACGUGUUGGAGACAAAAGCUGCAGACAGGUUUUAAUGAGUAGUGAAGAAUAUGGGAAUGAUGUUGUGGUGUAUGGAUGUGAGGUAUUUGAUAAGGAGAUCUACAAAGCUUUGAAGAGACAGAUGCGGAAUCGAAGGAGUGUGAUAAUGCUUGUAUCUGAGACUGAUAGAAAUGUGUAUGCGGAAUACACAUAUAUGUGCAAUAGAGAAGAAAGGUUCAAAGUUGAGGAAGAGACGAAUUUGGAGGAGAUGGAAGAGAACCUGAUUGAGCUGAUUACAGGAAAUGGCGGAUUAAACGAGAUAUUUGAGCAUAAGAAGAAGAUGGACGCAGCAAGGGAAAACAAGAAGCAGAAUGCAUGUAAGAAGAGGAUGUAUGCGAUACUUAAUGGAGUGUUUGAUUUGAAGAGCAAAUAUUUUUUUGAACGGUAUGCAAUGAGGCUUUCAUUUAGGAUAUACAAGGAGUAUAUUGAGAAAGUGAUGUAUAUGAAAGUAUGUGAAUUGAUGGGAAAUGAAAAUGAGAUACUGAAGCUGUUUGAGAAUGAUACGACUGGAAAGGUUGAAAGGACGGUACGUGAAUUUGCAGAGUAUUUUUACUCAUGGAUGGGUUCUAGAUCGAUGAGGCGAAACCUGGAUGUAGUGAAGGAGAUAAAAGAAGGUUUGUUUGACUAUACAUUGAUGAAGGCAAGUGAUGAGAUUAUAUACGCUAUUGAGAAAGAGAUAGAUGUAUCUCAAACGAUAUCUGCAGGAUGUGUAGAAAGCAAUAUAAGAAUAUUUGAAAUGCUGUCUGAGAGAUGCACUGAGGAGAAGAUAUACUUUGUGAAGAAUAUUCAUUUUCUUGGGGAUGUAAAGAAGACGGGCAACUGCAGGUUUAUAUUUACGAUUGAUGAAGGACAAAAACAUCGAUUAGUUGAUGACACAAGGUUUAUAUUUUGUAAGAUGGAUGUAUCGAGUGAAGAGAUUAGAAGAUAUGUUCUUUCUACAGCUAGAGCAGAUGAUGAGUUGGUAGACUUUCACAUGAGGAUGGUGAAUAUGAAUGCAGACCUGAGCAUAAGGGACCUUAUUCUGUAUGCAGAAAGCAGGGAUGAAUGUAAUGAGGAGUAUCUAAAGACAUUGAUAUAUAAUUGUAGAAUAGAUAGUUGA